AGUGCUAAGACAAAUAAAUCAGGUCUAGGACAUACCUGGGCAGUCCCUUUUCUCUUCAAUUUGCCAAAAAUGAACAAAAAUUUAGUGUCUCUAGUUUGCCUAGGAGCAGGAAACACCUUUGAAGGACUUCUGCAAUGUCCCCACCCCUAGCACUUCCUAGGGAAGCACAACCUGGCAGUUAUAUAAAUAGGCACCUUGCAGCUUCCUGCCCUAACCUGCUCUUUCAUCCCUCCAAAAUGGACAAGUCCCUCCUGCUAAGACUCCCCAUUCUGCUCUGCUGCUUUCGAGUAGGACUGUACGGGUCAUUCACAAAUCAGGAACAUGCAAUCCAUGAACUACUGAUUGAUAAAAGCCAUUUGGGUGGAACUGUUCAGUGUAGGAUGUGCCACCUCGAGUUUCCAGGAGAGAAGUGUUCCAGAGGCAGAGGAAUAUGUAUUGCAAUAAGAGACGAGUCUUGCAUGACUGGGACGAUUUUCAGAAAUGAUGGUACUCCCUGGUUAACUUUCAAGGGCUGCCUAAGGAACUGUGCUAAUGUGAACAAUAUAAAAUGGAGUGUCUAUUUGGUGAACUUCAGGUGCUGCAGGAGCCAUGAUUUCUGCAAUAAAUAGCUCCAGAAA